UUAUAUUUGUAUAUAGAAAACAAUUUCAUCUUAUUCACAUUACUCUUUCUGUCAUUUUUAGUUUUGUGUAAUUAGAACAAGCUAAAUUAUUGAAAUGUGCAAAGGACUGACUCGCAAGGGCUUUUGUUAUUUAACCAUAGGCAUGACCUACUCGGCUGGAGUGGUAGAGAUAUCCCACGGAUUCUCGAAUCUGAAUAAAGACGCACCAAUGGCAUAUAAAACUCUGCUGAAGGCCGUGAUCAUCACCUGGGUCCUCAUACUGAUUGUGGGCAUAUUCCUGAUUGUGGGCACAUGUCUGCCAGAUUCUCACAGAAGAAGUAAACGCGUCCUACUUAGGAUCUGGGUAUUCUUUGCUCUGGUUUUCGGAGUCGCAAUUUCAUGUAUUAAAGUAGCGACAGUCGUACACCAAUGGCAAGAAUAUGGAAUAGAGAGAAAUAUAGUGCGUUCGUUGGUGAUUUGUUUUUUCCUAGUAUUACUAGUUUUCAUGAUGUACUUUCCUUGUCAAUAUGUUCAGGAACUGGAAGACGAAAUUGAUUUCUAAUAAAUGUUGUUAUCAUUUUAA